AGCAAAAUAAYUAUUAUGAAUUACUUUAUAUUAUUGAGUAUUAUUAUACUAAUAGAUCAAAGUCUUACAAUUAAUGGCGAUUGUGGGGAUUGGAUAUCAUAUCACAACCAAAAAUGUUUUAAAGUCAUCCCAAAGGUUGGCACAUAUCAGGAAGCGUUUGACACAUGCAGUCAUUACGAUAGGAGUUCCACAUUGAUUACAAUACACUCGCAAACAGAAAAUGAUUUUCUAUAUAAUUUGGUCAAACCGUACGCAGCAAACGUGGGAGGGGUGUGGUUGGGCACCAUAUAUAAAAACAAUGUGUUUCAGUGGGUCGACCAUAAAUUAAUACAUUUCAGUAAGUGGGCCUACGGUAAUCCACACGCCAGUACUGCACAUCGAGACUGUGCCCAAAUGUCAUUGAUUAACCCGAUUGCCGGUAAUUGGGUGGACGAGCCAUGCAGUCUCAAAGCACUGAUUGUCUGCCAACGCUAUGUCCAACAGGACUGUCCUAAUUAUAAACCUGCGAUUACGGGACUCCAUAACCACUUGGAUGUCACUUACGCUAAGAUGGAGGCGAACAAUAAAAAGUACGAUGCUGAAAUCAAAAUUUUAGUCAAUGCUAUUAAUGAGGAAUAUCAAGAACUUCAAAAACUUGUCAAACAGUCGGUUCCCAUCGGAUUCAUAUAUAUUCAGUUACCUAAACAGUUGGAACCGACCAAACUGUGGCCUAAUGUCAAAUGGACGGACAUCAGUGCUGAAUAUGCCGGUCUUUUUUUUAGGGUAGAGGGCGGCAAUUCAGCACCGUUUGGGGACAUACAGAAUGCUAACUACUCGCGCAUUGAAUAUUAUCGGACCAGACAUUUCAUAGGACUUAACUUCAAAAAAUUAAUUGGACCCAUAAAUCGUCGCACAGUUGAGGGCAAGUGGUUGACACCCAAAGAUUUACCAGAAGCCACAUAUUUGAGUAAUAUAUAUACCAGUAAAGGGGAAAACAGACCCAUCAAUACUGCCGUUAAAAUAUGGAAAUGUGUUGAAUAAAAAUUA